AUGAACGUAGUUGGCAAAGUUGGAAGCUUUAUAACCCAAGGCGUCUACUCGGUCGCCACUCCAUUCCACCCGUUUGGUGGGGCUGUUGACAUAAUCGUCGUUAAGCAAAACGACGGGUCCUAUAGGAGCACCCCUUGGUAUGUCCGUUUUGGUAAAUUCCAAGGCGUGCUCAAAGGUGCCGAAAAGCUCGUGAGAAUCGAAGUGAAUGGGGUCGAGGCCGAUUUCCACAUGCACCUCGACAACUCGGGAGAAGCCUAUUUCGUCCGGGAAGUUGACUCUGACGGCAAGGAGAAGAUCGAAGGAGAAAAGGACGAUAAUGCCCCUAAUGGAUCGAAGGAGAACGAAUUUCCUGACCAAAAGAGUAUGGACCGAUUGGAGAGAGUUGAGUCGGAUGCUGAAAGAAUAUUUUAUGAGUUUCAAGACGAGCAAUCGUCCUUAGAGGGCUCGGUUGAAUUUUCAGAAUACGGGUCGGGUAGGUACGAGAAUUUAGAGAGCGUCGAAAGUGCCCUAGAGUCUCAAGAUUCGAGUUCGGAGGUUGUUUUAGUGAGUGUGGAUGGGCACAUACUAACGGCUCCCAUAUCGUCUGCGAAAAAUGCAGAGAACGUGCAAAUAGGCACUCCUCAAUUUCAUCUCGGGCCAGGGGAGGAAUACAAUAGGGUUGACGAAUCUUGGACGGACGAUUAUUUGAACGGGUUUGAUGCUUCUACAUGUGAUGUUAGCGAUAAAAAUGUUAUUAGUGAGGGAAAUAUGGAGAAAGAGGUUUGUGUGGGGGAGAGUGGUUCAGAAAGAGGUCGUCAUGGUUUAAAUAGGCGCGAGGUGUUUAAGAGCUGUUUGGAGCUUCCGGAACUAAUAGUCUCGACAGAUGACGAUCACGAAGAGAAGAAAAACGAUGAACAUGAAGUUAUGAAUCUUGAAAUAUCAAGGGAAAAUGAUGAAAAAGAAGCUGGUGUUUCUUCGAGAGAGUUAAAGGUUGAAGAGGUAAUAAAUCAUGAAGAGAAUAUUUCGGAUGCUGACCGUGAUGGGCCUGUUCAGUUUCCGAUCGUCGAUUAUAAAUUGCCGAAAGAAGUGGAAAUUGAUUCUACGCUCGAGAAAACGAGGAGUGAACUGAAAUCUCCGGAUUCUGAUGUGUGCAUUAAUGAUAGUGUUGAGCUUAGUGCGGACGCCUCAAUUGAACAUUCAAAGUUGGAUGCAUCCACAGGACUUGAGUUAUCACUGUGUGGAAAGCUGCUUCAUCCCGGAAUGGGCCUGGCUGCAGCCCGAGAGGUCUUCCACUCGAACCGCGUACUGUGCGAAGAAUUCAAACUUUCGGCCUCGUCGAUUGUGAAAAACGAGGACCUUAUUGUUAGACUAAAAGACGAUAAAUACUUACCUUGGGAGAAAGCAUCACACAUAGUUCUUGGUAUGGCGGCAUUCGGUCUCGAACUACCCGUGGACCUGAAUGAUGCAAUCACAGUCGAGAAAGAGAGCCCUGAAGCUAAAGAAGACGAGUCGGGAGUCUCGACUACUCCCCAAUCUCGUAGAUGGAGGCUAUGGCCAAUCCCGUUCAGGAGGGUCAAAACGCUCGAGCAUAGUGGCAGUGGGUCUUCCAAUGAGGAUGCUUUUGUGGAUACGGGCUCUUUCUCGUCGGGCCCAACUGAUGUUGCGACUCCUCGGGCCCAGGACAGGGCCCGUUCUCCGCGGAAGCAGAUUGUGAGGACCAAUGUGCCGACUACAGAUCAGAUAGCGUCGAUGAAUCUUAGGGAGGGGCAGAAUAUGGUGAAUUUCAUUUUCUCGACGAGGGUGCUCGGAUGCCAGAAGGUCGAAGCUCAUAUAUACUUGUGGAAGUGGAAUACAAGAAUUGUGAUAUCUGAUGUGGACGGAACAAUUACCAAGUCUGAUGUUCUCGGACAAUUUAUGCCAUUGGUCGGAAAAGACUGGACACAUUCCGGGAUAGCGCAUCUUUUUUCUGCAAUAAAGGAGAAUGGGUACCAGCUUUUGUUUCUGAGUGCACGUGCCAUCGUUCAAGCCUACUUAACCAAAAGUUUUCUGUUCAAUCUCAAGCAGGAUGGCAAAAGCUUACCCAAUGGACCUGUUGUUAUCUCCCCAGACGGCUUAUUUCCUUCAUUGUAUCGAGAAGUAAUAAGAAGAGCCCCUCACGAAUUCAAAAUCGCAUGCUUAGAGGAUAUUAAGGCACUAUUCCCCCCAGAUUACAAUCCAUUUUACGCUGGAUUUGGGAACCGAGACACCGAUGAACUUAGUUAUCGGAAAAUUGGGAUACCAAAGGGCAAGAUCUUUAUAAUUAACCCCAAGGGUGAGGUGGCAAUCAAUCACCGUAUAGACGUGAAAUCAUAUACUUCUUUACACACGCUUGUGAAUGAUAUGUUCCCACCAACAUCACUGGUUGAACAGGAAGAUUAUAACUCGUGGAAUUACUGGAAAAUGCCGUUGCCCGACAUUGAUAACAUGUAG